GCAAUGGAGAGACCAGCGCCCAGGGAAGCGGGGGAGCAGCAGGCUCCUUCCGGCAGCGCAUCGAGAUGUGAGUCUGGGACACAGAUGGGGGCUCCGAGACCGGCAUUGAUUCGGGCUCAGUUCAGGGAGAACCGGGGGCUGUUGGAAAACGCUUGCAGGAACAAGACGAUGUAAUGUGUGCUUGGUACGAAGCCAAGGGUGACCAGCUGCUUUGAACAACCAACAGGAGGAAUAAAUACACAUUCAGUUUUUGAGUGACUGACCAAUCCCGAACGAAACUUACUAUCAUAAACCGGACAGUGACCAAACUGUAUCCACAGAGUCGGAGACUGACAAAGAAAAAAAGAAAACACUUGAAUGACCAAGACAAAGUAAGAUUUCUUCAGUGCAGAGGCAAGUGUGACCAGAUCCUUCUGAUAAACAGCAGGUGACUAGUGUCUCUGGACGUGCUGUGUAAUCCAUUUGUCGUCUGUUGUGCAGGUGUCGAAGGACAAUGCUUUUCAGUGACCGUCGUUAUGGCAGAUGAGAAGAAAUCGCAGGCAACUUCCAAGAAAGGCGCGAAGAAAAUCAUCAAGAAGGCGCCGGGGAAAAGCGGCAAGAAAAGGAGCCGACGCAGGAAAGAAAGUUACUCCAUCUACAUCUACAAAGUGAUGAAGCAGGUUCACCCCGACACCGGCAUCUCCUCCAAGGCUAUGGGCAUCAUGAACUCGUUCGUCAGCGAUAUUUUCGAGCGUAUCGCAGGGGAGGCUUCCCGCCUGGCCCAUUACAACAAGCGCAGCACCAUCAGCUCCCGGGAGAUCCAGACCGCCGUGCGGCUGCUGCUGCCCGGGGAGCUGGCCAAGCACGCCGUGUCGGAGGGUACAAAGGCGGUGACCAAGUACACCAGCUCCAAGUGAGACACCUCACUGCUGAAAGCAGACACCAAUCCAAAACCCAACGGCUCUUUUAAGAGCCACCCACAAUUGCACUGAGACAGCUGAACCGUUUUAACUUGGAUAGUCGAUGCUAGAGAAUCUGAGACAACAAGGUGUGGGCCUGGGUGAACACAGCAAGCCGAGCAGCGUCAGAGGAGCAGGAAUGUUUACAUUUCGGGGCGAGACCCUUCUUAAGAAAUUAGGUUUUAACUUUGUCGUUUAUUCUGGGUCUGUAUAAUUCAUGUCCCUAAGCUUUGUGUUUCGUUUUCGAUAAACUUUUGUAAAAAAAAUUCGUGUGAUCCCUGACCCUCUGCCCUUUAUUCUCGGUUGCGUAGUUCCCUGACUGUUUUCCCUGCCUAUAUAGAGAGCAUAUUUAUCGUCCCGGAGUCAUUUUUUCUGCAACUUCUAUGUUUUUCAGUUACUCUUUAACCCUUGAUCAGCGCAAAAGCUACAGUGUCCCCUGGGGUAUGAAACACGAGUUUCACCCUCGGAAUGAAAAGUAACUGUUCUCGUCCCACGAAUAGAUUUUGAAAUUUACUUGCCCUUUUCUUUCAUUAAGUUUUCAAAGGGCCACUGAGACUUCGUCUGAUGUUUGCAGAGCACUGCAAAUGAGGAUCUCAGCUGUCGAUAAGAGGCUUUCAAACUGAACUGAGAUAAAGCCAGAUUAACUGCUGGAUUGCCAUAUCAAGUGUGAAACUGGUUGAAGUCUGAUCAAGGACAACAGGGACGGCAACUUUAAACUAAAGUUUCACCGGCAAGAAGGUCAUGUGAGUUUUUCCGAAAUAUUUCAGGGUGCACUUGCAAUAUGAAAAAUGAAUUAAAUUUGAUGAAAAAUUAAAUUAUUCAUUCCUCUUUGUAAAACGUCUUUUUCCCAUUUCGGACGUGUUGGAGGGUUUUGUCCCUGUGGGUAAUGAUCCCGAAAUUUCUCCCGUGGUAACGAAAGCUGAUGACCCCGAAUUUGAGACCCACGAAGAGUAGUAUUGUGCGAUUUGUGUUUUGUUUCAAUUUCCAAAUCUCGACGUGAAGUUCUCGGAAUUUAUUUUCAGAAUGCAGUAUGUGGGGCUUGCCGUUCUCGGUCAGAGGCUUUCAAAAUGAACCGAGAUGAACAGGGAAGUCUGAUCGAGCACAAUAAUUACAAAAUUUCCCGAAGCCGGUGUUUCUCACUGAGUGAGAACGAGAGGUUAUGUCAAGGAUCAAUUUGUAAUCUGAAAGGAAAUUAAAUCGUAAGCAUUCAUGUAAAGCGUCUUCCUCGUAUUGCCCAUGUUGGCGGGCUUUUCAAAUCGGAAAGAAAACGGUGGAUGAUUUGGCGCCGGUAUUUUCCUACGGUUUCCACGCAGAGGAAUUUUGUUUUAUUUUCAAAUCUCCCCGCGGGUUCCAUCCAGUUUUGCAGAAAGCUAUAAAUGAGGCUUUCUGCUGUCGGUGGGAACAUUUCAAAGUGAACCGAGAUGAAAGCAGAACAGCUGCCGGACUGGCAUCGCAAAAGUAGAAAUAUUGUUCAUCUCGUGCAGUAGGGAGCGCGAUUGUAAAAUGUUGUUUAAAGCAGUAAUGCGCUAAACGGGAAAGAAAUUGUUGUGUGAUACUGUUAUCAUUAUCUCCAUGAUCAGCAUUAUAUGCUGAUCUGAAAUA